AUGUCGUUCACGGCCAACACCAAUCCCGCCGCGCGCCGGGUCAACCACGACGUUCUACGCCAUAUUCCAGGCCUCACUUGGAAUACCCGAGCCCACUUCCUGCUGGCAGACGACCUCGCCUGUUGCAUACUUCUGAGCCGCCGCCUCGCCAACAAGAACCGCAACUUCGAGCGCAAUGUCUACCUCGAAAAGCUUCGAAAUCGCCUGGCAGCCAUGAUUACCGAGGCACUCAAUCACGCCAAGCUAAUCCACGACGGCGUUGAGGAAUUGCGCAGCACCCUGCCCCACCGCAGCUGGGAGGUCUACAACCCCAUGGGAGAGCGUGAGAAGGAGCUCAUCAAUCGCUUCGGAGAUGCUCGCGCCAACUACCUCGCCAUGUACCCUCAGAGCUCUAACGCGUCCAAGCAUGAUAUCGCCCGUCUUUUCGUCGCUCCCGCCGACCACACCAGCAAUGUUCAGCCCCUGCUUCUCGACAGCCCUGCCGAUGAGGCUGAUCAGCAUGCCUCUACAGCAACACCGGACAUGAACAAGCCGACUGUACUUGAAUCGGAGGUCGCCGUCUACGCCCCUCCGCUGACCCCGAACGAGCUCGAUCCGAACCCCCUCGUCGACAACCUACUCUCUGCCAGCGCCACGACUCCCGGCAACGCCCCAGCCACUCUCGAGCACAAGGCGCCCGUAUCGCGUGCUGCACUCCGUUGGUUGUGGUCUCGCGUGCUCCCAGUCUUUAAUCAACGAGACACUAUCUUCGACAAGCGUGUUUGGAACGAGGAUGACCUGGAUGAGUUUAUGCAAGAGUGCGCGUAUCCCGUGUAA